AUGUGGAGCCUGCGGGUGCCGGCUCUUCUUAUCUCAGCCACAUUGACAGCCUCAUCCGCAGUGCUUCAGUUGCAAGGUGACAAUUUUCAAUCUCACCUCGAGACCCACUCUCCCGUACUGGUAAAUUGUAGUGAGCCAUGCCGAAAUCUCAAGCCCGAAUUCGAAGCAGCAGCAGAAGUGCUCAAGAAAAGAGACAUCGCAUGCAUCAGCAUCGAUUGCAGCCUCGAAAACAAAACAUGUAUCGCCAAUCACAUCACAUCAUAUCCCACAAUCAGGAUUUUUCACGGCCCUGAGAAGUUCACACGAUACAGAAACGAGAGAAAAGCGCCAAAUAUUAUAUCUUAUAUGAUAAGAGACAGUCUACCACUUGUCUUAGAAGUUACUACCGAUAAUAUAGAGGAGGUUCUAUUGAUGGGAACAUCGACUUUGAUUGCAUACAUCGAUGAAGAUGAUCAGAAAUCUCGAUCAGUUUUCACUUCCUUCGCGGAAGCACACCAAAACGAAUUCAUAUACGGCAUAACAUCCAACCUAACAUUAGCCAAAUCUAACGUACAGAAAGCUCCCUUCGUCAUUGUUUAUAGUCCUCUAGAUCAAGUGAACCCCAUCUUUAAAGACACCUUCUCGCUUGACAAGCUCGAAGCUUUCGCCAAUAAAUAUUCCACUCCCCUCAUUGGAACAUUCUCAUUGGAAACCUACUAUGCCUACACCGAAGCACUACCGCCAUCUUCCCCUUGUACUCCCUCCGACCAUUCAUCCCUCCUCUCCCUCCUCAAACCCAUCGCCGAGAAGCACAAAAGCAAACUGAACUUCGCCACUAUCGAUGCCACAAAAUACCGAUUCUUCGCCAAAGCAUUGAAUCUUGCGACUGAUAAGUUUCCCGCGUUCGUGAUCGAGGAUACCGUGAGCGGUGAUACGGCGCCGUUUGAUCAAGAUGAGGAGGUUACGGGGCAGAAGAUUGAGGGUUUCGUCCAGAAAUAUUUUGAACUUAGAGGGAAGGGAAAUGUGCCAGUGCAGACUGCGGUAAGUUUUCCUUUUGGAAUGGAAACGCUGACGGAUCAUUGUAUGUGA